AUGAGAUUGAGCCAAGCCUCCAGUGUCACUCCAGCUAUCGAUUUGGCGGUGGCGGUGGCGGUCAGCAACCACCCAAACUCCUCUGGCACCUUGCCCACCCCUCCUUCGUCCUGCAGCAUCGACGAGUCCUACAAGUACGUCUUCUUGCCCGUCUGCUACUCGCUCACCUUCCUCUUCAGCCUCACCCUCAACUCCGUGGUGCUGCUGCGCUCUUGCCGGCUUCACAGCGGUGGUUGCUGUGGUGUCGUGGGCAGCAGCAGUGGCGGGCGCCGUUGGAACACCUCGCUCAUCUAUAUGGUGAAUCUGGCCACCACUGACCUCAUGUACGGUCUGUCGCUGCCCUUCCUAGUGGCGAGCUACGUGCUGAGGGAUCGAUGGGUGUUCGGGGACUUUAUGUGCCGCCUGGUUCGAUUUCUGUUCUACUUCAACCUCUACUGCUCCAUCUUCUUCCUCACCUGCAUCUCUGUGCACAGGUAGGACAUUUCAGGAGGAUAACGAGAUGUUUGUUUGUGUCUGUUGAUCUGUUUCUUGGCCUCUCUUCGAAGAAUUCUCCAACUCUCAGUUAAGCUUUGCAUGUGCAACAGGUAAUAUGACCAAAAAGAGGCCAGAUAUUAAAAAACGACCUUUCCGUGCAGAGGUAGGGCUGCUCAAUUAACUCAUGAUUAGAAUUAUUUUAAUUUAUAUUCAGAUCAUGAUUAUUAUAAUCAACAACUAUAUUUUUUCUUCUGCAAAACUUGGGUUUGUAUUUUAUUUUGAUUUGUGCCUAAAGACACGCACUCAGACACACCUGCCUCCUCCCGCUCCUCUCCCUGCUCUCCUCUCUCCUCAGAGACCACAGUUAGCUUCUGACUUUGCGAAUUAUUUGUUGACAAAGCAGAACUUAACUCCAAACGAAAGCUAUUGGCCGGGUUCUACAAACCCAGUUGGAAAUCACAAACUGAGCAACUAAGACUCAAACGUCCAAUCCAACCACUAUCAAAAUCACCUGGGUUUCUGUUUCAAGGCAAGAGGUCAUUCUGACCAUCGUUUAUAGUCACACUGGCGAUUGAAGACACACAAACCAAGUCUAAAAUGACAGACAAGGUCCACAACCAGCUGCACUGAUAAGCAGACGUGUGUUUGUAGGGAUAACAAAGUAUAAACUAAAUGAUGAUGAUAUUGUAGCUGAUAGCUUCUGGGCUUGCUUUCCCCUAUCAACUGCCAAAUGGGCAUGGAUUCGAAAAACCCAACUCAUAAAAUGCUCCAUGUUAGGUUUUAAAGGCCUGUACUGAGUGCUAUAAGAAGUUGAAAGUUGCAUAUGUCCUCGUGUUGACCAACUGCAUAAAGGAGGAAGUCUAACUCUGGGAUUUUUCAACACCAAUUUGAUAAAGUCGGCUCUUUACAUUUCAUCGAUACAGAUACAUGUUUGACUUUGGAUUGAUAAAAUCUACACUGGAGAUGAAACUAUUGUAAAUGGAUGGAGACAGAAGUAGGACAUCAUUGGUUAACAAACUGGAUGAAUACAAAACCUAAAUGGUUAACUGAAGCCGUGUUCUGGGGUCAAAGAUGAUUAAUACUAAAACCCGAGGUCACAACUCAUUGUUCCUGUUCUCCAAGAAAAGUGCUGCUAAAGCACUUUGCUGAAAACAUAAAUUAUUGACCCAUGUUUUAUGAACUUCGACUUGACAGGAAAUCCAAAGUGCUUACUAACAAGGCGAGCAUCAGCAGCUAGUGAAAUGUUAGAAACAGAGUCAGGUUAAUCCGAGUUCACAGCCCUAAAGUUGCUGAGCUGGCUUCAGACCUGAUCCCUGUUCAGUGAUUAAAAAUAUAUAUUCUACUUGUUGAGAAGUGCUCUGAAAUUAUAGUUGUUUUUGCUGUCAGUGCAAAAAUAUGCGGUAAAUGGACACAGAUCCUUACAUGGCAAACCAAUUUUGGCCCCCACUAAUUUUUGGUUGAAAGGAUGCAAAGCACAAGAACUACUAAGCGAAAUCUUCGCUUAUGUGCGAAAUCUUUGGGAAAGACACAAGUCAACAGUUAGAAACUGACUUCAAACUUUAGUGAUACACUGUGUUUAACCUUUUCAACAAGCAUCCAGCCCUCUUGGCUAAAUCAAGAUAAUAAAGCUAAAUGUCGCACUUCUUGCUCAUUGAUAGUCUUGUUGUCCUUAAGACUCGGGGACAAGCCCAGAUAAGGUGGAGAACAUCCAAUCAGUGAGGCUGAAAAUCCUUUUGAAAACUCUAAACCCUGGCUCCUCACCUAGUGUACCUAUUUGUUUUUCUCUUUGCUAGCAGUAUCAGUGGGGUGAUACUCACCUCUGAUCUUCUUUCCUUAGGUACCUGGGAAUCUGCCAUCCCAUGAGGACCAUUACUCUGGAGAGCAAGCGGGUGGUGAAGGGGACCUGUGCAUUGGUGUGGGUGGUUGUCUUCAUCCUCACCUGCCCCAUCUUCAGGUUUGCUCAGACAGGAUUGGUUCGUCGAGGGGGUGGGGCGGUGGAGUCUGAAGGGGGUGGUGAUGACAGGAAUGGUACCGGACCUCAGUUUGAGGACAAAGAGGGGUACAUGAACUGCUGGGACGACGCCAUCGAUAAGGAGUUCGCCGACUAUGUCCCUUAUGGCAUCGUCCUCCACCUGAUAGGCUUCUUCGUGCCUUUCGUCAUCAUCGCCUGGUGCUACUCGCAGGUGGUCAGGACGAUAUUUCAGACCUUGCGCUCUCCACCCAGUUCCAUCGAAGGUGGUGAGGAUGGUCCAGUGGGGGACUGGGUCACAGAGGGAGUUAGGGACCGGGAACGAACCUCGGUCUCAAUCUCUGGCUCGCAGUACUCACACUACAUCCGACGGCGACGGAAAUCCAUCAAAACUAUCGUCACCAUCACACUGCUGUUCGCUCUCUGCUUCCUGCCAUUCCACGUGACUCGGACGCUGUUUCUUCUUCUACGGCGAGGGCAUGGCGGCUGCAAUGUCAUGAAGACUGUCUCCAUCUGCUACAAGGUGACCCGCCCACUGGCCUCCUGCAACGCCUGGCUCAAUGCCCUCCUCUACUUCCUGACGGGGGAUAAGGGCGCCCCCUGCUGCUGGUCUGUAGAACACACUGUCCGCAGAGAUCCCAGGAGUGGCUCCCUCUGGUGGCCACUGAAGAUCCUGAAAAAAGAGGGAGCUGGAGAAGAGGACCAGGAGGCGGCUGAAAAGGUUGAAAGGGAGGUUCACAUGGAAAACGAGUCCAAGUCAUCAAGGGUCAUUUUCUAG